CACUUGCACUCUGUUUUGUUUUUGUCUAGGACUCGAGGAAGUGAAUUCUACAUUGAAUGUGGUCAGUGGGUUUCAAAUGAUAUGUAAAUCCCCGGGUUUUAACUUUAUAGUAUCGCAUCUUAACAGUUAUCACAUUACAUGUUUUGCUUGUUUCGGAACAAACUGUGUGGCUGACGGUAACUGAUUAGCCUACUUCAUAGUGUGUUCUCGCAGAGCUAACGUUACCGAGCGUCACUUGACCAGGAUAUUAAACGCAACACAAGCCAGCAGCUAAACCACCGAUGCUGAUGAAAAAGAGAGGCCAUACGUGUUUGCUAGCGUCCAGUAUGGCUUCGUUAGUUUUGCUCAUGGUGAUGCUGUACGGAUGUGGAACCAUUGGCACCCAGCAGCCCGGCAGUUCCAGCCUCAGACGGGACUACCAGCUGCUGGGCAGACCCCUGUACAAACUGGACCUGAGCUGGCCCAAGAACCCAGAGCUCUUCACCGGGGAGGUGUUCGGAGUGGCUGUCAACCAGUACGCUGGUGUGGUGCAUGUGGCACAGAGAGGUAACAAUGUGCCCAAGGUGCUGGUUUUCACCACAGACGGAGAUUUCCUUAUGGCCUGGAACACGACCACCCUGGAGAUGCCUCAUGGUAUAUUUGUAGCAGACGCUGCCUCGUCAAACCCCACUGUGUGGAUCACAGAUGUGGGGAACGGCCCGUACGGCCACUGCAUCAAACAGUACUCCCCAUCUGGGAAGCUCCUGCAGGUUCUUGGUACGCCAGGGAAGGCAGGCUCCGGGUUGAACCCUCUGCAGUUCGACCAGCCGGCGGAGAUCUUCGUCCACGACUCCGGAGAGAUGUACAUCGUGGACGGUGACGGGGGGAUGAACAACCGCCUCAUCAAGCUGUCCAAAGAACAGGAGGUGUUGUGGAUGCACGGAGAGAAAGGACAAGGCCUGGCUCAGUUCUACAUCCCCCACAGCCUGACUGUGGACAACGCCCACAGGGUGUGGGUGGCCGACAGGGGGAACAAGAGGAUCCAGGUCUUUAACUCCAUUACCGGGGACUGGCUGGGGACAUGGGGGAGCUGCUUCACUGAGGAUGCGCCCUACUCUGUCCGCCUGACACCAGACAAGAAGUACUUUGUUGUUGUCCAGCUCAACACCAACCAGAUUUCGCUGCUGGAUGCCCCACCGGUGGGUUUGAUUGGCCAGUGCAGUGUGGUCAGUGUGAUCCAGCUGGCUGAGGAAGUGAAGCCCCACCUGGUAGACCUGGACCUAAAGACAGGGGCCCUGUAUGUGGCUGAGAUUGGAGCUCAGCAGGCCCAGAAGUUUACCCCCUUCAGUCUGGGUUCAGCCUUUUACCAGGAUAUGGCUGUUUUUAAAGACAUUCCUAUGACUACACGUGUAUAAAUGUGUAAAAGGCUAGAACUGAAUUGUCUAGCGUGCAGUUUGAUCUGAGUUGUCUAUAAAUAUCAUUGAAGCACUUCACAAUGCAGUAAAUAAAUAGUGUGUGUAUAUAUAUAUGUGUAAUAAUUUUUUAUAAAAAAAGAUUUUGCCAUUGUAGGUGUAUAGUUAAUCUGGAUGUAUUAUGUGACUGUUUUGCAGUAUAUGUCCUGUAUUACAGGGUCACCGGUAUUUUGAUAUUGUCAUUCCGGUGAGAAACGUAUAGUGAUAGCAUCUUUGCUUUUUCAGUGACUCUGUGUUGCCCCUGUCAGUCACUGUACAGGUUAUGUGGAAACAUGAAUAAUUUGUGAUUUACCUGAUUCAGUGAGGGAGGAAGUGAUACUUGCUGUUGGUUCAACAGUCCUUCAGAGAGUGCUAUAAAACAGGGACCUCCCACUGUAUAGAAUUGUAGGGUGUUGCACUUAUUCUCUUUGCAUCUCUGCUGUCAUUUAGUUUUGAUAACCUAACUUACAGUUCACAUAUCCACACUUAACAGUAUUUAACAAGAGGAGCCAGUAGCGGGCAGAUGAUUGCACCUUUACCAAAAUCCCAAAACCUGAAAAAAACUUUCAUUUCCAGAGCAAGUUUUUUGUGGAAUAAUAUCCCAAGUAACAUUCGUUUUAUCACAGGAAAGGUACAUUUUGAAAAAAAAGUCAAAUCUUACUUAAAUUAUUUAUCAUGAGAUUUCUUAUUAUGUGGUUAAAAUAUUAGAUUUUCUUUUUUGUCUAUGUGAGCUACCUUAAUGUUAGCUAUUUUUUAGCUUUGUUUUCAAGAUAUUUCUCUAUUUGCUUGGUUUGUUAUUGUUUUUAUUAAAUUUUUAUUUUGGUUGCUUUUUUGUUAUUUAGUUCUGUAUGCAGUUGUGGUAUUUGUGUUCUUUUCUUUUCUGUAUGUGUCAGGAAAUGUUUUAAUAUUGUCUGAUUUUAAUGUUGUUUUGGACCACCAGGAAGCCUAGCGGGUCGUCUAGGCGUCAGCUAAUGGGGAUCCUUAUAAUAAAUACAAAUACAAAUGAGCUUUAUGUAAUCAUGUUUUCAGGCCGUGGUUUGCUGGUAAUUCCAGAAUGUAAAUCUAUGUGGUUCUGUCUAAUUUUACACAUUAAAUUCAGUUUAAUCAUCUUGAGGAGUACUACUCUGCCUGCGAAGACAGUUGUAUAAUAUUCUGUGGCUCUGGGGGAGCUUUGUCACGUCUGAAAAAAUUGAUCUCAGUUUGGGCUUGGUGACUACAAAUAGUUAACAGAAAACCUGCGUUACUAACAGUGUAUGGAUUAUGAAAAGAUGUUGGCAUUUGCCAGGCAGGGAUGGUCUGACGAAGAUGCCAUUGCAUGUAGAAUUCUGCCAUUUUGGAGUUUGACACGUAUUCAAGACAAAGAGUCAGGAUAUCUCCCCAACUUUAUGGAGGUGCAUUACUGCCAAAUUUGAAGUCACUUUAUUAAGUUGUAAUCUCGAGAUAGUGCCCUUGAAUUGUUAUCCACAGCAUUCUGAAAUGUGCCCAAGAUGCAUUUGUAUGUCCUGAUAUACUUUAAGGAACAGUGUUCUGUGCUGAAGGUGAUGUACUUUAUUCAAAACAGACAAAGUGGCCAAUGAGUUUUAAUGAUGAAUGUCUGAAGGAAGUAUAAAUGACCCGGUUGGUUCAUUUGGUUUUAUUGUCAUCAUUUUCCAUGUGUAAAUCUUUUUGGCAUACAGUACUUUGCAUUGUAUUCAUUGGUGUUGGAAAAUGCAUGUUAAGCUUUUCCCCAAUAAAAACAACACAGAGAGUUGGCCUGUACUGUG